AUGGAAAAGUUCGAGUAUGUGUAUAUCUCACAAAGUUUAACCAGUUCGUGCAAUGCGAAAACCAUCCCCUACCAACAACCGACACCACAUUUGCAAACCUUGCUGGAGCUUCCUUGGACGAUAUUUUUCAAAAUUAGACGCCAACUCUGGAUUUUGGCAAAUCAAACUUUCGGAAAGAUCAAAACCUCUAACAACGUUCAUAACACCCUGGGGACGGUAUUGUUUCAUCGUUUCGGAAUAAGUUCAGGGUCUGAAAAGUUUCAGAAAUGUAUGUGCCAAAUUCUCGAAGGUUUGGAUGGCGUCGAAUGCAACAUCGAUGAUGUUCUAGUGCACAGUGCAACACAAGAAGAACACGACCGAAGAUUGGAAACGGUUCUCCAACGACUCGGUAACGCCAACGUCACGCUCAAUGCCGAAAAGUGUGUUUUUAACGUCUCGAGUGUGAAAUUCCUAGGUCAGAUCGUAGGAGCCGAUGGCAUCAAAUCCGAUCCAGAGAAACUACAAGCGAUUCUCGAAAUGCCACACCCAACCAACCUACAUGAAGUCUUGGAAUGGUAA